AUGCUCAGUGGCCUGGCAGGUGGGGCCGCCGCGGGACGCCAGGUCCGGCGAGGAGCAGAGGGGUGGGGGCCAGGAGGGAAGUGGGAGGGAGCAGCGGGCUGAGUCGCGGGAGUCGCUGGCGGCCGCUGGGACCUGAGCAAGUGGGGCCCCGCGCGGGCCCGGCCGGGAUGAGCAAUGGCAUCGGUCAAGGUGGCCGUGAGGGUCCGGCCUAUGAAUCGCAGGGAAAAGGACCUGGAAGCCAAAUUCAUCAUUCAAAUGGAGAAAAGCAAAACAACAAUCACAAACUUAAAGAUACCAGAAGGAGGGACGGGGGACUCAGGAAGAGAGCGGAACAAGACCUUCACUUACGACUUUUCUUUUUAUUCUGCUGAUACCAAAAGUCCAGAUUAUGUUUCACAAGAAACAGUUUUCAAAACCCUUGGCACAGAUGUCUUGAAGUCUGCAUUUGAAGGUUAUAAUGCUUGUGUCUUUGCAUAUGGGCAAACUGGAUCGGGAAAGUCAUACACUAUGAUGGGAAAUUCUGGCGAUUCUGGCUUAAUACCUCGGAUCUGUGAAGGGCUUUUCAGUCGGAUAAAUGAAACCACCAGAUGGGAUGAAGCAUCUUUUCGAACUGAAGUCAGCUACUUAGAGAUUUAUAAUGAACGUGUGAGAGAUCUACUUAGGCGGAAGUCAUCUAAAACCUUCAAUUUAAGAGUCCGUGAGCAUCCAAAAGAAGGACCUUAUGUUGAAGAUUUAUCCAAACAUUUAGUACAGAACUAUGGUGAUGUAGAAGAACUUAUGGAUGCAGGAAAUAUCAAUCGCACCACUGCAGCGACGGGGAUGAAUGACGUCAGUAGCAGGUCCCAUGCCAUCUUCACCAUCAAGUUCACUCAGGCAAAAUUUGAUUCUGAAAUGCCAUGUGAAACUGUGAGUAAGAUCCACUUAGUUGAUCUUGCUGGAAGUGAGCGAGCCGAUGCCACUGGUGCCACUGGGGUUAGGCUGAAGGAAGGGGGGAAUAUUAACAAAUCCCUCGUGACUCUGGGAAAUGUCAUUUCUGCCUUAGCUGAUUUAUCUCAGGAUGCAGCAAAUCCUCAUGUAAAGAAGAAGCAAGUUUUUGUGCCUUACAGAGAUUCUGUUUUGACUUGGUUGUUAAAAGAUAGCCUUGGAGGAAACUCUAAAACUAUCAUGAUUGCCACCAUUUCACCUGCUGAUGUCAAUUAUGGAGAAACCCUAAGUACUCUUCGCUAUGCAAAUAGAGCCAAAAAUAUCAUCAACAAGCCCACCAUUAAUGAGGACGCUAACGUCAAACUCAUCCGUGAGCUGCGAGCUGAAAUAGUCAGACUGAAAACGCUGCUUGCUCAAGGGAAUCAGAUUGCCCUCUUGGACUCUCCCACAGCCUUAAGUAUGGAGGAAAAACUUCAGCAGAAUGAAGCAAGAGUUCAAGAAUUGACCAAGGAGUGGACAAAUAAGUGGAAUGAAACGCAAAAUAUUUUGAAAGAACAAACUCUAGCCCUUAGGAAAGAAGGGAUUGGAGUUGUUUUGGAUUCUGAACUGCCCCAUUUGAUUGGCAUUGAUGAUGACCUUCUGAGUACUGGGAUCAUCCUAUAUCACUUGAAGGAAGGUCAGACAUAUGUUGGUAGAGAAGAUGCUUCAACAGAACAAGAUAUAGUUCUUCAUGGCCUCGACUUGGAGAGUGAACACUGUGUCUUUGAAAAUGUCGGGGGGACGGUGACUCUGAUACCCCUGAGUGGGUCUCAGUGCUCUGUGAAUGGUGUUCAGAUCAUGGAGGCCACACACCUAAAUCAAGGUGCUGUGAUACUUUUGGGCAGAACCAAUAUGUUUCGCUUUAACCAUCCAAAGGAGGCUGCCAAGCUCAGGGAGAAGAGGAAGAGUGGCCUUCUAUCCUCCUUCAGCUUGUCCAUGACUGACCUCUCGAAGUCCUGUGAGAACCUCUCCACAGUCAUGUUAUACAACCCAGGACUUGAAUUUGAGCGGCAACAGCGCGAAGAACUUGAAAAAUUAGAAAGUAAAAGGAAACUCAUAGAAGAAAUGGAGGAAAAGCAAAAAUCAGACAAGGCAGAACUAGAGCGGAUGCAGCAGGAGGUGGAGAGUCAGCGCAAGGAGACGGAAAUCGUCCAGCUCCAGAUCCGCAAGCAAGAGGAGAGCCUCAAACGCCGCAGCUUCCACAUCGAGAGCAGGCUGAAGGACCUGCUCGCCGAGAAGGAGAAGUUUGAAGAAGAAAGACUGAGGGAGCAGCAGGAAAUCGAGCUGCAGAAGAAGAAACAAGAAGAAGAGAGCUUCUUCCUGGUCAGAGAAGAACUCCAGCGGCUCCAGGAACUCAAUAACAACGAGAAGGCCGAGAAGAUCCAGAUAUUUCAAGAACUGGACCGGCUCAAAAGGGAAAAAGAUGAACAAUAUGCCAAACUUGAACUGGAAAAAAAGAGGCUGGAGGAGCAAGAAAAGGAGCAGGUUGUGCUCGUGGCCCAUCUCGAAGGGCAGCUCCGAGAGAAGCAGGAGAUGAUUCGGCUCCUGCGGCGAGGGGAGGUGCAGAGGCUGGAGGAGGAGAGGAGAGACCUGGAAUGCAUCCGCGAGUCCCUUCUGCGGGUGAAGGAAGCCCGGGCCGAGGGCGAGGAAGACCGCGAUGAAUUAGAAAGGGCUCAGCUGCAUUUCUUAGAGUUCAAGAGAAGGCAGCUGAUCAAGCUCGCCAACUUGGAGAAGGACCUGGUUCAGCAGAAGGAUCUUCUGAAAAAGGAAGUCAAAGAAGAACAGGAAAUCCUGGAGUGUUUAAGAUCUGAAAAUGAAGAGGAAUUUAGAUUGUUGGAAAAAAAUGAUGAUAGUGUCACAAAUGUCACCCAGGUGGCUCAAGAUUUAGAGAAGAUAAGGCCAGCAGAAUAUAGGCUGCAACAUAAAGAACGCCAGCUCCAGUACCUCCUGCAGAAUCACUUGCCAACUCUGUUAGAAGAAAAGCAGAGAGCGUUGGAAGUCCUUGACAGAGGCCCUCUCGGCUUAGACAACACACUUUAUCAAGUAGAAAAAGAAAUGGAAGAAAAAGAAGAACAGCUUGCACAGUACCAAGCCAACGCGAGCCAGUUGCAGAAGCUCCAAGCCACCUUUGAAUUCACUGCCAACGUUGCACGUCAGGAAGAAAAAGUGAGGAAAAAGGAAAAGGAGAUUCUGGAAUCACGGGAGAAGCAGCAGAGGGAGGCGCUGGAGCUUGCUGUGGCCCGGCUGGAGAGGAGGCAUUCGGCCCUGCAGAGGCGCUCCACCCUGAGCCUGGAGAUCGAAGAGCAGAGGCAAAAGCUGGCCACUCUGAGCUGCAGCAGCAGCAGCAGCAGCGAGCAGUCAGGGCUCCAGGCCAGCCUGGAAGCUGAGCAGGAAGCCCUGGAGAAGGACGGGGAGAGGUUGGAACAUGAAAUCCAGCAGUUGAAGCAAAAGAUCUGUGAGGUUGAUGAUGUCCAAAAAGGGUAUCGUGGCACCUUGGAGGGGAAGGCUGCUUCUUCCAGCUUGUCAUCCAGUGAUGAAAAAUCUCACCUGGUUCCUCUGAUGGAUGCCAGGGUCAGUGCUUACAUUGAAGAAGAAGUCCAAAGACGUCUUCAGGAUUUGCAUCGUGUGAUUGGCAAGGAUGGCAGUACAUCUACAGAUACAAUGAAGAAUAAUGAGAAACUUCACAAUGGCACCAUUCAACGUAAGCUAAAAUAUGAGAAAGGGUGUCUUGUCCCACUGCUGCCCAGAGAUGUCACUGACACUUCCAGCAGAGAGGAGGUGGAUCAGAAUGAUUCCAUGACAUGGAGCAUCUCAGGCCCUACAACUUUCUCCUCAGCAUCACGAGAGAGAACCCAGCAGCGCAGGGAUCAGCCCUCAGCACACGAGGUGCUACAGAACAGUGAUUGCAAAUAUAGUCGUCCUGAGUAUAUGGGUGGUUUUCAGCCAAGAUGUUUCAAUCUGUCUGACAUCUUUUUUCUUAAUGAAAGCCACACUGGCAAUGCAGAAUAUUUUCAUGGUAACUCAGAAAAUUGCAGUGAGCUGAUGACUCAUAAAGAUGAACACAGCUUUGGAAUCCGGUCCAGCUGGACUUUGCUUCAGCAUAUGUCCCAAGGAGUGUCUGUCAGCAGGGGAAACAAACAGACCAGACAAAGUGAGUUACUCUGCUGUGUUCUCUCUGAAACUGUGUGUAGUGAGGAGAGUAUGCAAUCCUCCAAGUUUUAUAGUGAACAGCAUACUGAGAAAGAGUUAGCUGCUAAAAACAUGAGCUCUCCAGAGUCACUGAUUACUAGGACAGAAGGAAACAGUGGAUUGGGAUACUUUUACCACAGGUUCUCAGACCUUUAUAAACAUACCAGCAGUCACCUGCUACAGGCUGGAACAAAGGUGAUCAGCCAAGCCAGGCACGCGGGAAGCCUGUGGGACCCCAGUGGGCUCACUUCCCACCUAACAACAUUCAUCAGAAGACUGCCUAUUGUGAAACACUUAUCCCCGGACAUGCUCUUGAAGUCAUACGGGGUGUCAUCAGAAGCUCAUUCCUUUCCUGCAGAAGAUCAGAUUGGCAGCAGCAACAGUGAGGAGGCAGCAGCCAUUAGGCCAGCAGAGAGCACGUUGCCUUACAGAGCACUAGGCCCUAGAGCUGGAGAGGUACCGGGGUCAUCGCCAAGCUCAGUUGUCUGCCUGGGGUAUGAAGAUGCUAGAAGCAGCUCUGCAUUUAAGCAGACCCUUGUGCAAUUCCCAGAUCAAAUGCUGAAACUCCAGGGGUGCCCUUUAAAAGACUUCCUCAAGCAUGUGGCUUCUUCUCUACCAGAACUUUUGGGUGGCACGCACAGAGUCAGAGGCGUUUACUGGCUGGCUGUUGCCAACUGCGCAGAACCUGACCCCCAGCCAGCGUGUUUGCUCCUGCUGCCUUCAACUUUAUAUGCCUUGGUUUUGUCAGAUGACCACCUGGGCUCCGUGGGCGUUUUUCAUGCUCUGUCUCUCUCUGCACUACGGGAGAUUCAAAUUGGCUUUGGCGGGCAGCACAUUCGAUUCCUGAGCUCUGCAGAGAGCCUCCUCCUCACUGUAUUUUGUUACAACAAAGACCUCUGUCAACAGAUAUGCCGUGACCUCCUGGGUGUCCUGAUGCCCGACUCUGAUGCUGCCGCCUGCACUAAUCAUCCUUUGUUCCAGCGAGACCUGGUUCAGCUUUCUCUUGAUUGGAAAGCAGAAGUCCCUGAUUUAGUUUUGCCAAAUGGAGUUCGGUUGUCAUCCAAAUUCCAGAAUACCUUGGUUGACAUGAUUUACUUUGUUCAUGGAAAUAUGGAAGUCAAUAUCCCUUCCCUGUCGGAGGUUCAGUUAUUGCUCUACACGACGGUCAGAGUUGAAGGUGACUCUGCCCAAGGCCCCUGCCUGUCACUGGUCCUUCUGAACACCCACAUUGCCCUUGUGAGUGAAGAUCGAGUUUUCUAUCCACACUCUCGGUGUCUAAACACGCCUCCUCCACGAACACGAUUUGAUGUGAUCAAAUGCCGUGCUUUAAGUGAAUUCAGGUGCAUCGUUGUUCCAGAGAAGAAAACAUUAGCAACAGUCGAACUUGUCUUCUCACAAAAACUCAGACUUCCAUCAAAUUUAAGAAAUAGUCCGUCUGAGUACUCUCACGAAGCCCAGAAUGUCCAGGUGUUCACCAGCCCGUUGUGUCUGCAGGGCAGUGAGAAUGUGGCACCUGAGGUCUGGAAACUGACUCUCAACUCUCAGGAUGAGGCUCUGUGGCUAAUCUCACAUUUGACGAGGCUCUAGGGAGGAGACUUGUGAAAAUACUCUGCAUAUUUUUUGAGAGCUGUAAUAAAAUGAACAUUAUGAAUGCAAUCAAGGACUAUGAAUAUCUCAGUGUAGCUAAUUGAUUUGAAACUGGAAAAAUGCAGACCUCUAAAACUGAAGACGCAAAUAUUUUAAAUAUCUACAAUAAAAUGAAAAUAGGUGAUAGCAGAGUAGUGGGAAAAAAAAAUCAAUACUUUGCUUCAUUUUCUUGAACCCCAGCCUUGUAAAUUUGGGUCCUCCUCAUUAUUUGUGAGUGA